CCUCUCUAUGGCCACAGUGAAAUAAAUACUCUUGGUCAUUAGCAGCUGCUCUGCACUCGACACUCCGUCUCUCUCCCACUUAUGAGGACACACGCCUGCUACGGGACAUACUGCUGGCAGAAGAUCACUGGCAGCAAGGGAGUAAUUAUCCAGAGAUGGGUUUCGAGGAGGACCUGAGGUGUCCACAGGCGCAUGCAGCAGUCAUGCGUCUGCUGGACUCAGAGCUUCACCUCAUGGAGGUAAUGAAGAAGUGGAUGGGUCAGCGAGCUAAGAGUGAUCGCGAGUUUUCAGUGCAGCUGCACCACAUGACUGCAAUGGUGGAGAAGCUGGAGAGACCUCAGCCCAGCGCAGGGCUGGACUACAUCAGUCAGCUCAACAAGUCAUGGGGAGUGCUGGUCUCACAAACAGAGUCUCUCAGUCAGGUGAUGAAAAAGCACUCGGAGGAUCUGCUGGACGGUCCCAUCAGUAAACUGACGCUGCUCAUCAGAGACAAACAGCAGCUCCGCAAAACCUAUUCAGAGCAGUGGAACCUGCUGAGGCAGGAGCUCAACAAGGUGACCCAAACAGAGCUGGAGAAGUUGAAAACCAGCUACAAGCAGGCAGUUAAAGAUGCAGCCCAGGCCAAGAGGAAGUACCAGGAGACCAACAAAGACAAAGAGCGAGACAAGGCCAAGGAGCGUUACAUAAAGGCUGCACUGAAACUCCACGAGAUCCAUAAUGAAUACGUCCUCUCUGUGCGAGCUGCUCAAGCUUACCAUCAGCACCACUACAGUCAGAUCCAGCCUGCCCUGCUCAGCGCACUGCAGACUCUGCAGCAGGAGAUGGUGCUCAUACUAAAGGAGAUCCUGCAGGAGUAUUUUGACAUCUCUACUCUCCUCCAAAAUGAAGUGGUGCGGUUACACAGAGAGAUGUCGUCUGCCGUGGCAUCCAUUAAUCCUGACACAGAGUAUGAGAGCUUCAUCCAGCAGAACAGGUCAGUUGGGGAGAUUCCCGCUUGUGCAGACUUUGACUGUAGCCUGCUGGAGGACUAUGAGCAGCUAACUCCCAGGGAGAUUGAACUGAACGACCUCACACUUGAGACAAUUCAGCACAAACUCACUGCAAUAGAGGAGGAGCUGCUGAACCUGGCUCGAACUCUGGGCUCUCAGCAGGCUUCAGUUGAACAGCUGGAGCUGGAGCUGGAGGAAGAGCAGGAAGGUGUUAAAAAGGGCCAGAGGGUCUACCAGUUCAGCAAGAGACAUGCGAUGGAGGAGUGUCGGCAGCAGGUCGCUCUGUCACAGGGCUUGAGAGCAAAGCUGGAGGUUCAGAGGCUUCUGUUGAAGGAGAAACUGGACAAGCUGGGCUCCAGAGAACCUCCCUCAGCACUGAAACUGGACACAGACACGGUUUCAAUUUCAUCCAACACUGACCAAGGUCAAACUCCAGGCAAACACCUCGUGGAUGGGAUCAUAAGCAUCUUGUUUAAAUCCAAACCUGAGGUGCCUUCAGCCCUCACGCCGGUGCAGGAGGUGGAUCGUCCUCUGGGCCAGCAAGAAUGGUACCAUGGAGCCAUUCCCAGACUGGAGGUCCAGCAGCUGCUGAAGAAUGACGGAGACUUCUUGGUUAGGAAGAGUCAAGAGAAACAGGGCUAUGUGCUGUCCGUGCAGUGGGAUAGAUCGUGCAAGCAUUUCCUCAUUCAGAACACUGAUAAUCUGUACCGUCUGGAUGGAGAAGCCUUCCCCAGUAUCCCACAGCUGAUCCAUCAUCUGAUGUCCUCGCGACAACAUGUCACCAAGAGGGCUGACAUUGUGCUGAAGAAACCAAUACUGAAGGACAAAUGGGUCCUGGAACACGACGAUAUUAUCUUGGGACAUCUCAUUGGACGGGGUAACUUUGGAGAGGUGUACAACGGCCGUUUACGCUCCGAUAACACCCCUGUAGCUGUGAAAUCAUGUAAAGAGAAUCUGGCCCCGGAGCACAAGAGUAAGUUCCUGAUGGAAGCCAGGAUCCUGAAGCAGUACGACCAUCCCAACAUUGUGAAGCUGAUCGGAGUGUGCACACAGAAACAGCCCAUCUACAUCGUCAUGGAGCUCGUUCAAGGUGGUGAUUUUCUCUCCUUCUUGCGCCAUGAGGGUCACAGUCUGAAACCUAAGACAUUGAUCAAAAUGACAGAAAAUGUUGCAUCUGGCAUGGAGUACCUGGAGAGCAAGAAGUGUAUCCACAGGGACCUUGCAGCCAGAAACUGUCUGGUUGCGGCACACAAUGUGGUGAAGAUCAGUGACUUUGGGAUGUCCCGUCAGCAGGACGAUGGUGUCUACUCUGCAGAAGGUGGCCUCAGACAGAUUCCUGUCAAAUGGACGGCUCCCGAAGCUCUGAACUAUGGUCGGUAUACUACAGAGAGUGACGUCUGGAGCUUUGGUGUCUUGCUGUGGGAGACUUUCUCCUUGGGAAUGACGCCCUACACGAGCAUGACCAACCAGCAGACACGAGACGAGGUGGAGAAAGGAUACCGCAUGCCUGCCCCACAUGGCUGCCCUGUGGAAAUCUCCAAAAUUAUGAACAGCUGCUGGCAGUACGAGCCCAGAAACAGGCCGUCUUUUAGGAAACUUCGGUCUGAGCUCAGUACUAUAUACAGCAGAAUUACAUAAUGCAAGGAGCUGUGCAUGCACAUAUGUUGAGGAGAAGGUGGGCUUGGAGUUGUUGAUAAGCUGUUUGUUCCAUCUGAAAUCAUAUUGAAAAGGCAAAUAAAAAAAAUAGCAUUUAAUAUAUGAACAGUAAAUAUUAAUUUUUAGACUUCUUUAGUUGUGGGGAUGAAUAAGCCAGUUAAUGGCAGUACUUCUGUGCUCCUUACAACACUUAUGUUGUCAACACUUCAUUUUCCACACUUGAGUUUUUUUCUCCAGUGCUGUACUCCUGCCGAGUGUUCUCAGAGUUUCAUUCACAGCCUAUUAAAAGCUAUGCAAACUCACUUA